AUGGUAAAUGACCGAUGUUGCUUAUGGAAUGAACGGGUCACUACUGAUAUUGUUGUUAACCUUGUGUCGCCUGGUCUGCCGUUGUUACAUAGUUUAACACCAGACCAAACUAUAUGUUCGAAUAUAAAAUCGAGAAAGAAUGCAAGAAAUGUGAUUUUACGAUUAUGUAACAAAACAAUCAAAAAGGUUCAAUUUCGUGCUCGAGCGCUAUCGAUUUCGAUCAGUAAUAAUGUUAGUAAUUUACCUGAACGAAAGGCGGUGGCAUCAAUGUAUAUUGAUCGUAUAUCAGAAUUAGUCACAAAUAUAUCACAACAUGAUCAAAAUGUACCACUAGACAGUGUUGUACUACAUUUAAAGGUGAUUGUCAAAGAUGAUGAGAUUAAAACAGAAAUAAUUAAGGGAAAUGGUAUACCUGUGCUAAUUGUAUGUGCAUUUCAACCUCAAUUUCAUGUUGAAACAGUGCAACAACCGUCAUUAGAAAUACUUCGAGCUGUCAGUUUUGAAACUGAAGCUGCUAGUAUAAUCAAAGAGCAGGAAAAAUUUAUUCAACUGUUGAACGAUAUUGUAUUAGCAAAUGUUUUCCCUCAGCGCAUUCCAGCUGAUGGUAUCCUGUUUAACUUAGCUGAGCACGAGGCGACAAUGAUAAAAGAUCAAACUAAAGCUUCUUGUGUUCAUAAACGCAUGCUGGUAGGACCCGUUGCUACCGCAUUUGAAUACGAUAUAAUGAUUAGUUACUGUCAUAAAAAUCGUGAACUAUGUCACAAAAUUUAUGAAUGUUUGAAUGUUGAAACCUGUUACAAAGUGUGGAUUGAUAAAGAAAGAAUGUAUGGAUCUUUAAUGGCACGAAUGGCGGAAGGCGUCGAAAAAUCUGAAAUUGUUCUUAUUUGUAUGUCAUCCUCAUAUAAAGAAAGUGACAACUGUAAAUCUGAAGCGAUCUAUGCUAAAAAACGACAUCGUUAUUUAAUACCUUUAAUAGUGGAGCCAAAAUACAAUCCCAGUGGAUGGUUAGGUGUUUAUCGUGAUGAUUUACUUUAUAUCGAUUUUACAAAGACGAACUUUGAUGUAGCAUUCGAAGAAUUAACCGCACAACUCAAACGUUAUCGAGAUAGAAAAAAAGGUAAGCUG